AUGUCGACGAAAACAGGAAGGCCGUCAUCUCCUCGACGGUUCUUCGCUCGUAUUUAUGGUCAUUUGGAAUCGACGAAGAAAGUGAAUGAGGAAGUGGAGGAAUCGAAAUCAAGGACAAAUUUGGAAUCUUCAACAAGAGUGAACGUCUGCGAAAAAACCGCGAAUUCUGAUUCGGAAACUUUGCGUUCCUCUCCUCAUGAUGAUAUUACACAAGUAAAUCCUGAGAGAUUGAGAAUACCUGAAGAGGAUGCAAAAAUAUCCGAAAAGGAUUCUCGGCUACCGACCUUAGGAAUACCCUUUUUAUCUCACACAUUUUUUCCUGGUACCCCUAAUCACACACUGCACCUGACGCAACUCGCACAUCCUUCCGUACUUCCGCCGCAUCUUCAUGGCUUAACAAAUCAUCCGGCAACGGAUCAUCAUUUGCAAGGAUUCUCUGCCUUCCUCGCACGUCGUAGAAGAAAGGAAGGCCGACCAAGAAGGCAAAGGACAACAUUCAGCGGAGAACAAACAUUGCGCUUGGAAAUUGAAUAUCGAAGGGGCGAAUACAUAUCGAGAGGUCGAAGGUUCGAACUGGCUGCGUCUUUGAGAUUGACGGAAACACAGAUUAAGAUAUGGUUUCAAAAUCGUCGAGCCAAAGACAAGAGAAUCGAGAAAGCUCAAUUGGAUCAGCAAUAUCGAAACUUCGCCGUUUCCAGCGGCUUCGUAAACUUGCCCAUUUAUGGAAGCGGUAAUUUCUGCAGACUGUGUCUUUAUAAAGACGCUUUUGGAUCGUCCGCUGCACAUUCAUGUGUAUCCACACACGUUACUGCCAUAAGUUCUUCGAUAGACCAACCCCAAUGCAGCAGCAGUAGUGGAAGCGAAAUGUCUGAUAAUCCGUCUACCGUCACAUCACCGAUUUAA